AUGGAGCCGGCGGAGCGGGCGGGCGGCGGGGACCCCCCGGAGCCGGGCGGGCGCCCCGGCCCGGGCCCGCCGCGGUGCUUCGUCCCGCAGAAGGAGAUCGUCUACAACAAGCUGCUGCCCUACGCCGAGCGCCUGGACGCCGAGUCCGACCUGCAGCUGGCCCAGAUCAAAAGCAACCUGGGCCGGGCCGUGCAGCUGCAGGAGCUGUGGCCCGGGGGCCUCUUCUGGACCCGGAAACUCUCCACAUAUAUUCGACUUUAUGGGAGAAAAUUUAGCAAAGAAGAUCAUGUUCUUUUUGUCAAGUUAUUGUAUGAGCUGGUAUCAAUUCCAAAACUGGAAAUCAGCAUGAUGCAGGGAUUUGCGCGUCUCUUGAUCAACUUGUUAAAAAAAAAGGAACUUCUUUCAAGAGAUGAUUUGGAGCUACCUUGGAGACCACUUUAUGACAUGGUGGAAAGAAUAUUAUAUUCCAAGACAGAGCACCUAGGAUUAAAUUGGUUUCCUAAUUCUGUAGAAAAUGUACUCAAAACACUCGUGAAAAGCUGCCGACCAUAUUUUCCAGCAGAUUCGACAGCGGAGAUGCUAGAAGAAUGGCGGCCUUUAAUGUGCCCUUUUGAUGUAACAAUGCAAAAGGCCAUCACUUAUUUUGAACUAUUUCUUCCUACCUCCCUUCCUCCAGAAUUGCAUCAUAAAGGUUUUAAACUUUGGUUUGAUGAAUUAAUUGGCCUUUGGGUUUCAGUGCAAAAUCUCCCACAGUGGGAGGGGCAACUAGUAAAUCUCUUCGCACGAUUGGCUACAGAUAAUAUAGGGUACAUAGAUUGGGAUCCAUAUGUACCAAAGAUAUUUACAAGAAUUUUGAGAAGCUUGAACCUCCCAGUGGGAAGUAGUCAAGUGUUAGUCCCAAGAUUUUUAACAAAUGCUUAUGAUAUAGGACAUGCUGUAAUAUGGAUCACCGCUAUGAUGGGUGGACCAAGUAAACUAGUGCAAAAACACUUGACUGGUUUGUUUAACAGCAUCACAUCUUUUUACCAUCCUUCAAAUAAUGGGCGCUGGCUGAACAAGUUAAUGAAACUACUUCAGCGGUUGCCAAACAGUGUUGUUCGAAGAUUGCAUCGUGAGAGAUACAAGAAGCCUUCUUGGUUAACUCCUGUGCCUGAUAGCCAUAAGCUUAGUGAUCAAGAUGUUACAGACUUUGUACAAUGCAUUAUUCAACCUGUCCUCUUGGCUAUGUUUAGCAAAACCGGUAGUUUAGAAGCAGCCCAGGCUCUGCAGAACCUUGCACUCAUGAGACCUGAGUUAGUAAUACCCCCGGUACUUGAAAGAACUUACCCUGCACUAGAGACUUUAACAGAACCUCACCAGCUCACGGCCACUUUAAGCUGUGUAAUUGGAGUAGCCCGCAGUUUGGUGUCAGGGGGCAGAUGGUUUCCUGAAGGUCCAACACAUAUGCUACCUCUGUUGAUGAGAGCGCUGCCUGGUGUGGAUCCAAACGACUUUAGUAAAUGCAUGAUUACAUUCCAGUUUAUAGCAACAUUUUCCACUCUGGUGCCUUUAGUAGACUGUUCAUCUGUACUCCAGGAGAGAGAUGACCUCACAGAGGUGGAACGAGAACUGUGUUCAGCCACAGCUGAAUUUGAGGACUUUGUCUUACAGUUUAUGGACAGAUGCUUUGGACUUAUUGAAAGUAGCACAUUGGAGCAAACAAGAGAAGAGACAGAAACUGAGAAAAUGACUCACUUGGAGAGUUUAGUCGAAUUAGGUCUGUCAUCUACAUUUAGUACAAUCCUCACACAGUGUUCCAAAGAAAUAUUUAUGGUGGCCCUUCAGAAGGUUUUUAAUUUUUCGAUUUCACAUAUAUUUGAAACAAGAGUGGCAGGUCGUAUGGUGGCAGACAUGUGCCGUGCUGCUGUAAAGUGCUGCCCAGAGGAAUCUUUGAAGCUAUUUGUUCCCCACUGCUGCAGUGUUAUAACUCAGCUUACAAUGAAUGAUGAUGUAUUAAAUGAGGAAGAGCUAGACAAGGAGUUACUAUGGAAUCUUCAACUUUUGUCUGAGAUUACUCGAGUGGAUGGGAAGAAGUUGCUUCUUUAUAGGGAACAACUUGUAAAGAUUCUCCAAAGAACUCUACAUUUAACCUGUAAGCAGGGUUACACUCUGUCCUGCAACCUUUUGCAUCACCUUCUUCGUUCUACCACACUCAUCUACCCUACAGAAUACUGCAGUGUGCCCGGUGGCUUUGACAGGCAUCUUUCUGAAUACUUUCCUAUCAAGGACUGGGGUAAACCAGGGGACCUUUGGAAUCUGGGAAUCCAGUGGCAUGUUCCUUCUUCCGAUGAAGUGGCGUUUGCCUUCUUUCUGUUGGACUCUUUUCUUCAGCCUGAACUCAUCAAACUCCAGCAGUGUGGGGAUGGAGAACUCGAAAUGUCUAGAGAUGAUGUUCUACAGAGUCUGACUAUAGUGCACAACUGUUUAAUUGGCUCAGGAAACCUCCUACCUCCAUUGAAAGGAGAGCCAGUUGCUAACUUGGUACCAAGCAUGGUGUCCUUGGAAGAGACAAAGUUAUAUACUGGACUUGAAUAUGAUCUAUCCAGAGAGAACCACCGAGAAGCAAUCGCUAGGGUCAUAAGGAAACUUCUCAACCAUAUACUUAAUAAUUCAGAAGAUGAUACCAAGUCCCUGUUUCUUAUCAUAAAGAUUAUUGGAGACCUUUUGCAAUUCCAAGGAUCUCACAAGCAUGAAUUUGAUUCCCGUUGGAAAAGCUUUAACCUAGUAAAGAAAUCAAUGGAAAAUCGGCUCCAUGGGAAAAAACAACAUAUCCGAGCACUGUUGAUUGACAGAGUAAUGUUGCAGCAUGAGCUACGAACACUAACUGUUGAAGGUUGUGAGUACAAAAAGGUACAUCAAGAUAUGAUCAGGGAUCUUCUUCGUUUAUCCACAAGUUCGUACAGUCAGGUCAGAAAUAAGGCUCAGCAAACAUUUUUUGCUGCCUUGGGAGCGUAUAACUUCUGCUGCAGAGAUAUUAUUCCCUUGGUUUUGGAGUUCUUACGACCUGACAGUGAAGAUGUCACACAACAGCAGUUCAAGGGUGCCUUGUAUUGUCUCCUUGGAAAUCACAGUGGCGUAUGCUUGGCAAACCUUCAUGAUUGGGACUGUAUUGUACAGACUUGGCCAGCAAUUGUUUCUUCUGGUCUUAGCAAAGCCAUGUCCCUGGAAAAACCAUCAAUAGUGAGACUGUUUGAUGACCUUGCAGAAAAGAUUCAUCGUCAGUAUGAAACAAUUGGCUUGGACUUCACAAUUCCCAAGUCAUGUGUUGAAAUAGCAGAAUUGCUUCAACAAUCAAAACACCCCUCUACCAACCAGAUGAUGCCUGGCUUAGAAGAAAUAAAAGAAGGACUUAGACGCCAACAAGUGAAGAAUGCUGAUGCCCUAAGGAACUAUGAAAAUUUGGUAAACACUUUGCUAGAUGGUGUGGAGCAGAGAAAUCUGCCCUGGAAAUUUGAACAUAUAGGCAUUGGGCUUCUGUCUCUACUCUUGAGAGAUGACCGAGUGUUACCUCUUCGUGCCAUACGUUUUUUUAUUGAGAAUCUCAACCAUGAUGCAAUUGUAGUUCGAAAGAUGGCAAUCUCAGCUGUUGCUGGUAUUCUUAAGCAGCUAAAAAGGACCCAUAAAAAGCUGACCAUCAACCCCUAUGAAAUCAGCGGAUACCCUAAAUCCACCCAAAUUCUUGCUGGUGAUAGGCCUGAUAAUCAUUGGUUGCAUUAUGAUAGCAAAAGUAUACCAAAAACUAAAAAAGAAUGGGAGUCAAGUUGCUUUGUGGAAAAAACUCACUGGGGAUACUACACCUGGCCACAGAAUAUGGUUGUUUAUGCUGGUGUAGAAGAACAGCCCAAGCUUGGCAGGAGCAGGGAGGAUUUGACAGAGGCAGAACAGAUCAUCUUUGAUCAUUUUUCUGAUCCUAAGUUUGUUGAACAAUUAAUUACUUUUCUAUCUUUAGAAGACAGAAAAGGAAAGGAUAAAUUUAAUCCUCGACGUUUUUGUCUCUUUAAGGGUAUAUUCAGAAAUUUUGAUGAUGCCUUUUUGCCAGUGCUGAAGCCCCACUUAGAACGUUUGGUUGCAGAUUCACAUGAAAGCACCCAGCGAUGUGUUGCAGAAAUUAUAGCUGGUUUAAUCAGAGGUUCUAAGCAUUGGACAUUUGAAAAGGUGGAGAAGCUUUGGGAGCUUCUGUGCCCUCUGCUUAGAACAGCGCUGUCCAACAUCACAGUGGAAACUUACAACGACUGGGGAACUUGUAUAGCAACGUCCUGUGAAAGCAGAGAUCCCCGGAAACUUCAUUGGCUUUUUGAGCUGCUGUUGGAAUCACCAUUGAGUGGUGAAGGUGGCUCCUUUGUAGAUGCAUGUCGCCUCUAUGUACUGCAAGGUGGCCUUGCCCAGCAAGAGUGGAGAGUGCCUGAGCUGUUGCACAGACUGUUGAAGUACUUGGAACCCAAACUCACCCAGGUUUACAAAAACGUCAGGGAAAGAAUAGGGAGUGUGCUGACCUACAUAUUCAUGAUUGAUGUUUCUUUGCCAAACACCGCGCCAACAGCAUCCCCUCGCGUUCCUGAGUUUACUGCUCGCAUUUUAGAGAAAUUGAAACCCCUCAUGGAUGUGGAUGAAGAGAUUCAGAACCAUGUCAUGGAAGAAAAUGGAAUUGGUGAAGAAGAUGAACGAACUCAGGGCAUUAAACUCUUAAAAACUAUAUUGAAAUGGCUGAUGGCGAGUGCAGGAAGAUCUUUCUCUACAGCAGUCACAGAACAACUGCAGCUGUUACCUUUGUUUUUUAAGAUUGCCCCAGUGGAAAAUGACAAUAGCUACGACGAACUGAAAAGAGAUGCAAAGUUAUGUUUAUCACUAAUGUCUCAGGGGUUGCUUUACCCUCAUCAAGUGCCUUUGGUACUUCAGGUGCUAAAACAAACAGCAAGAAGCAGUUCUUGGCAUGCUAGAUACACAGUGCUGACCUACCUCCAGACCAUGGUAUUUUACAACCUCUUUAUUUUCCUAAACAAUGAAGAUGCAGUUAAAGGUAUCAGGUGGCUGGUCAUAAGUCUUCUGGAGGAUGAACAGCUGGAGGUUCGAGAAAUGGCUGCGACCACCUUAAGUGGUCUGUUACAGUGUAACUUCCUUACCAUAGACAGUCCUAUGCAGAUUCAUUUUGAACAACUUUGCAAAACAAAACUACCGAAGAAAAGAAAGCGAGACCCUGGUUUCGUAGGAGAUACAAUUCCUUCUGCAGAGUUGGUCAAACGCCAUGCUGGGGUGCUAGGACUUGGUGCGUGUGUUCUUUCUAGUCCUUACGACGUUCCCACCUGGAUGCCCCAGCUCCUUAUGAAUCUGAGUGCACAUCUGAAUGACCCUCAGCCUAUUGAGAUGACUGUAAAGAAGACCUUAUCCAAUUUCCGAAGGACGCACCAUGACAACUGGCAGGAACACAAACAGCAGUUCACCGACGACCAGCUGAUUGUUCUCACCGAUCUCCUGGUCUCACCAUGCUACUAUGCAUAG